CGUCAGAUCAUUUUCUAGACAGAAUCUGAAUCUCUCUUUUUCUGUUCCUCUCUCUCCCUCUCUUUCAACAUGGAAUUUGAAAAACAUGAAAAAGGAAGCUUAUUAAAUGAGAAUUUAGAGGAGAAACUGACGGUCUCUUCUGGUGAUUCUGAAGCCAAACCUUUGAUCUUCACAUUUGUCCCCACUGUCAGAAGAUUACCAACCCACUCUCAGUUGGCUGACAUCUCUAAAUUCCUUGUUAAAAUUCCUGAGGAACCAAGUGAUAAGAUUCCAGAAACUGUAAAUAGGUCAAAUUUCAAUGAGUACUUGACAUUGAAUGCUGGGAGCCAACAGGAGAGAGACCCUGGCACAUUGACUCAUCCUUCAGAGGUCAGCGGAAAGAUUUCACAAGGAAGGGAAUUUAAAGCAAACGAGCCUCAAGGAAUGCAGCAAAGUGGCCUCUUCAAAGCUGAAUAUGUCUUUAUUGUGGACUCUGAAGGGGAAGAUGAAGCCACAAGCAGAAAAGUUGAACAAACUCCCCCAGUGGGGAUGGGCACCACAGCGACUCGGCCCAAGUCUCUAGCUAUCUCCUCCAGUCUGGUCUCUGAUGUGGUACGUCCUAAAACACAGGCCACAAAUCUCCAGGCCCCAUCACAUCCUGAAAUGCCCCACAGGAUGGCUUCUCAGCAAAAGCAUGGGCAGUUAACUUCUUCUUCCACUACCUCUGAGCAGCUUGCCUGUAAACCACCUGCUCUCUCCUUUGUUUCUCCAACUAAUCAGAAAACACCACUUGACCCAGUUAACCUCGACGGAGCCUCUGUCUUGGAGGAGUUCCACAGUAGGAGGCUGAAUGCCAGUGGGGCCUUGGUGGAAGAAACAGCUACGUAUUUCCAAACUUCCGCUCACUCUUCACCCUUUUUUGCAUCGAAAGGCACCUCCUCGAUGUUAGAGUUGCCCCAUUCCACUCAGUUAUCAGGUUCCAAUUUAUCCAGUCCCAGUGAAGCAGAUCAAAAACCUGGACUGACAUCAGAAACUCUGAGGAAGACGACGUUAGCCGCGCAUGUCCUUAGCCCCAGAGAAAGUCUGAGAACCUCUCCUUCACAAACCUCUGAUGCUUCUCUGAAGUCGAAUUCAGCCUCAUACAUACCAGUCCGAAUUAUCAUGCAUUCACUCUCCCCAAGUCCAAAACCAUUUACCUCCUCUUUCUAUGGCUCUUCUUCCACUAUCUGUAGCCCAGUGUCAUCUACUGGAAAUCUCUCAAAGUCAGGGCUGAAAUCCUCAGUGCCCUCCCGGCUUUCUCUUCUCACUGCCAUCCUCAAGUCAAACCCUUCUCAUCAGAGACCCUUUUCCCCUGCAUCCUGUCCCACAUUCUCUCUCAAUUCCCUGGCUUCAUCCACACUCACACUUGAUCAUAAAGAAAAGCAAACCCCAUCCACACCUAAAAAAUCUCUCUCAAGUUGCUCCCUGAGAGCCUGGUCUCCUGAGCAAACAGAACACCAGGUGUCUGACAUUAGCCAACAAUCCUUUCACUCACCUUUUUUCACUCAGUUUGCUCCCCUUUCUCAGGCAGCCUCUGUCUCUGCCGCAAAACACACGAGUAGCAGCCCUGCUUCUUUGAAUGUAGAGAAAACACCAUCACCCACUUCUUUGAAGAGCAACCCAACCCUCUCCCUGCUACAAACAAAUACAUUGAGUCCUCUAGGUCUUCCUCCUGUUUCUCCUAGCUUUUCUCCUUUUUCUUGGGAGAGCAAAAGGGAUGCUGACCUCAGGGGUCUGGAAAAGCGCAGGAAUAUUUACACAUACCCUUCCGAAUCAGCAUCCUUUACAUUAUCUUCUGCAUUUCCCAGUAACCAGAGAGCCACAUUGUCCUCUCCAGAGAAAUGCUUCCAUCCUUCCCCAGCCCUUUCAAACCUGAUCCACAGAUCCCAGAGAGCAUUACCACAGCUUUCGGGCCAAGGGCAGAAUCCUCCAGCUGCUCCUUCGCCUCCUGUCUCCAGUGCUAGUUCUGCUUCUCACCCCAAAUUGGGGUCCUCCUCUCUCCCCUAUACUAAUCUUCCCACCCAGACACUCCAGCUCAGUCCUUCAGCACUACACUCAAAUUGCGGCAGUGGUAACUUGCCUUCAAGACUUGGGAAAUCUGAAAGCGCAAUAUCCGACCACAGGUCAUCUGUUUCAACCCCGUCACCUCCCAUCUCUCUAAUGAGAACCAAGGAGCUGAUUUCACCUUGUGCAUUGUCCACUUCAGCAGACUCUGAGAAUAAGAAACCCAAGCAAUACAAGACCAAGUCAAGUUACAAGGCUUUUGCAGCAAUCCCUACAAACAUAUUCCUUUUGGAACAGAAGGCACUAGAUGAACCAGCCAAGACUGAAAGUAUCUCCAAGGACAACACAUUAGACCUACCUCUGGAGUUUUGUUUCCCUGCACAGCUCAGGCAGCAAACUGAAGAGCUCUGUGCUACCAUUGAUAAGGUCUUACAGGAUUCCUUGUCUAUGCAUUCUUCUGAUUCUCCUUCCAGUACCCUACAGACAUUGUUGGGUUCUAACGCUAUCAAAAAGCCUACAACUCUUCCAAGAGCAGCUGGUCGAGAAACCAAAUAUGCAAACCUCUCCUCACCAUCCUCUACAGUAUCUGAGAGUCAGCUGACUAAACCUGGAGUAAUUCGCCCAGUACCUGUAAAAUCGAAAAUAUUACUGAAAAAAGAGGAGGAAGUCUAUGAACCCAACCCUUUCAGUAAAUAUCUGGAAGAUAACAAUGACUUUUUUUCUGAGCAGGAUCUGACAGCCCCUCACAAGCCUGCUUCUCUCCAUCCUUUAUAUCAGACUAAACUCUACCCUCCUGCUAAGUCCCUGCUGCAUCCACAGGCCCUCUCACAUGCCGACUGUCUUACCCCAGGACCCUUCAGUCAUUUGUCCUCCUUCUCACUGUCUGAUGAACAGGAAAAUUCCCACACCCUGUUUAGUCACAACGCAUAUAAUAAGCUGAGUCAUCCAAUGGUGGCUAUUCCUGAACAUGAAACUCUUGAUUCCAAAGAGCAAUGAAGUUGGAGCAGAAGCUAAAACCCAGGCUGCGCUAAAGAGUUUUAGAAUGCUGGUGCUAAUCAUUUACUAGAUUUAACUUUUACUCUUUCAGUAUUAAUGUUCCCUUUAGCAAUACAGCAGUGGAACUAAAAAAAGUUUCUUGUAAGCAUAUAACAUUUCAGUACUCAAUAAUAUGCAGAUUUACUUACAGCUUCUUGCAUCACUAUUAGUCUUUAAUGCCUUCUAUUAAGCUGACAGCAAUACUAAGGUGCCCCUGUAUUUAGAAGUAAAAUAAAGACUUGUGGGUCAAUAGAACAA